AUUUCGAAAUUUGCCUGCGUGUCAAGAUGCCUCUGCUUGCUUCGCCCAAGAAGGACUGUGUUGUGGUGGUAGACCCGUUCUCGACAGGGCUAUGCCUCGCACAAGACGUCAUGCGCCGCGGGUAUGCCUGCAUUGCCGUGUACAGCGAGACCGAAGAGCUGUUUGGAGAUUGGAUGUCCACCUUGUCGGCGGACGUGCGCAAGUCGUUUGCUGGCGAAGUAUUUCACGACGGCGCCGACGAUUCCGAAGACGAGUUGCGACGUGUUGUCAACGCCAUCCUUUCCUACGGGUACACUGUGUCGGGUGUGAUUGUGGGCGCCGAGCCCGGUGUGCAUCUGUGCGAUCGUCUGUCCGAGUACAUGCGCCUGGUCACGAACGGGUCGGCAGGGUCUGAAGGUCGACGCAACAAGUACGUGAUGGGUGAGAAGAUUCGAUCGGCAGGCAUGCGCGCGGUCAAGCAAUGCCUGGCCUCGACGUACGCGGCGGCGGAGGAAUUUAUCACGACCGUGUUGAAGCCGUCACCAUUCCGGGUGAUUGUCAAGCCCGUGGAUAGCGCUGGGAGUGACGACGUGACGCUGUGCACAUCGUUGGACGAAGUGCGCAGCUGCUUUCGCCACGUCAUUGGCAAGAUCAACCAUUUGGGCAUUGAAAACACGAAUUUGUUGGUGCAAGAGUACCUCGAAGGCACCGAGUACGUUGUGGACUCUGUGUCUCGCAAUGGAGAGCACAAGGUCGUGGCGGUAUGGGAGUACGACAAGCGCUGCGCAAACGGCGCGGCGUUCGUGUACUAUGGCGCGCUGCUGCGCGAGGCCAAAGGCGAAGUCGUGCUGGCGAUCGUGGACUAUGUGUUCAAGGUGCUGGAUGUGUUGGACAUUCAGCACGGCCCUGGCCACGCCGAAGUCAAGUUUGUGCGCGGCGAGCCGUGUUUGAUUGAGAUUGGUGCGCGGUGCCACGGCCGAGAGGGCACGGACAUGCCUAUCUUGGACCGAUGCCAAGGCUACAACCAAGUGGGCGCGACGGUGGACGCGUACUUUGACAAGCAGGCGUUCCAAGCGCUGCCCAAGAUGCCCACGAGUUUGAAGGCGCACGGCAUCAAGACGACGCUUGUGUCGUACGAGCACGGCGUGCUCCAUUCCAUGCCUGGGCUGUCUGAGAUUGAGUCGAUGCCGUCGUUUGUGGACAAGAAGAUUCGACACACGGAAGGCGUCAAGAUGGCCCCAACCAUUGACAUGUUUACGACGCCCGGAUGUGUGCUCAUGGUGCAUCCAGACGCGACGGUGCUUACGCAAGAUUACGAGCGCAUCCGAGAACUCGAAGUCAAAGGGCUGUACAAGCUCAAGAAGGAACCCGAACUGACCAAGGUCGCGGCACCGAUCAAGGCACUGUAUAGUGGCGGUGUCGAAAUGGACAUCCGCCACAUCCCCGUAGUGACUUCGUAAGCGACUGUAUCCAGUUGUAGCACCCAUGACACGAGCAGUAUUUAAUGUCAACUUCAUUUUGCAUUAACGUUACGACUUACUUUGCCA